UUGCCACGUCGGUCGCUGUGUGGAGGCGACAGGUCUGCUGCACGGGCAAACAUAAGUUUUUAAAGCGUUAUAACAAUCUUUGGGGCAAAACAGUUAUCUUCUUACCGCAACGUGUGUUAAUAAACACACCUAUCCGACAGAGUUUCGCACCAGAGGUCAUCCAGCAAGGGAAAUUUUCAACACAAGGCGAGAAACAAAUGUUCCCUCUCUGCUCUGUUCUGCUGGCUGCCCACCACUACCACACGACUGACUGAUGUCUCAGCGUUCAAACCAUCCACUCAUCAUUGAUGCUGGUUGGGCAGCAGUGGGUGUGGCUGUGAGGUCGCCGUGGAGAGCAGCCGGGGUCGCCGGGGUCACUGGACAUGCCCGGGGGCCGGAGGGGUCCGAGUAGACAGCAGCUGAGCCGCUCCGCCCUGCCCUCACUGCAGACUCUGGUUGGGGGCAACUGUAGCAACGGCACGGGCCUCAGGAACAGGAACAGUAACUCUGUGGGACUCUCUGCACCUCCUCUUACGGCCCUCAUAACGCCAGAGCCUGUCCGCCAUUCCCGUAUCCCCGACCUCCCGCUGGACGGCAGCCUGCUCUUCGAGUUCCUGCUCUUCCUCUACCUGCUGGUGGCGCUGUUUGUUCAGUACAUUAACAUAUACAGGACUGUGUGGUGGUAUCCCUACAGCCAGCCUGCUGCCUCUACCUCACUGAACUUCCAUUUGAUGGACUUCCACCUGAUCAUCUUCAUUACUGUCAUGUUGGCCAGGAGACUGGUGUGGACAAUCAUUUCAGAGGCCUCGCAGGCAGGCUCCAGUUCGCUGGUCCGGUACGUGGUUCUGAUCGCAGCUCGGCUGACCUUGCUCACACUGUGUGGCUGGGUUCUUUGUUGGACACUCGUCAACCUCUUCAGAGAUCAUUCGGUGCUCAACCUGCUGUUCCUGGGCUACCCGUUUGGGGUGUAUGUGCCGCUCUGCUGUUUCCACCAGGAGAGCCGGUCGCAGGUUGUGCCCACGGACUGCGGCUACCUAGACCAGGACGCCCCGGACAGCUCGUUGCUCCGACCCAAAGACUUCUUUACCCUCCUGCGGGAGAACCUGCGGGAGCAGUUUGCCAGCCCGGCCUCCGUCCCAGCCCACACCUGCCCGCUCUCGCCCGAGCUGAUCCGCAGCGAGGUGGAGGGGCUGAAGACCGACUUCAACCGGCGCAUUAAAGAGGUGCUCUUCAACUCGCUCUUCAGCGCCUACUACGUCGCCUUCCUGCCUCUCUGUUUCGUCAAAAGUACUCAGUACUACGACAUGCGCUGGGCGUGUGAACACCUGAUCAUGGUAUGGAUCAAUGCUUUCGUUAUGCUAAUGAGCCAGCUGCUACCCCCCAGCUACUGCGACCUGUUGCAUCGCUCCGCAGCGCACCUGGGCCGCUGGCACAAACUGGAGCAUGGUUCCUAUAGCAACGCCCCACAGCACCUGUGGUCGGAGAGCACGAUCUGGCCUCAGGGGGUGCUGGUGCGACAUAGCCGCUGUCUCUACAAGGCAGUGGGUCCCUACAAUGUAGCAUUGCCUUCGGACGUCUCCCAUGCCAGGUUUUAUUUUUUAUUCCACAAACCGCUGCGGAUUCUAAACCUGCUGAUUGGGAUCGAGUCCAGCGUGGUCCUGUACCAACUGUACUCCCUGCUGCGCUCUGAGCGCUGGAACCACACCCUGUCCCUGGGCCUUAUCCUCUUCUGCAACUACUACGUCCUCUUCAAACUACUGCGGGACCGCAUUGUGCUGGGCAAGGCCUACUCCUACCCCCUCGGAGGCAGCAGCCUGGGGCUCAAGUCCCAGUGAGCCCAGCCAAGCGAUAGGGAGGCAUGGGAAGACUUGCUCCCUUAGCCUCUCCCCGCCCAGUUGCAGAGAACUCUGGAUGGAUGGUGGGGAAGGGGACUCAGAAAUAUUAUUUUGAUACGGUUCUAUUUUUCAUGCAAUGUUUAUAUCUAUUUAAAAAUAUUUUAUAUUUUGUAUACUGUUCAGGAGUGCCUGUUCUUUUCAAUUGGCCGACAGGAGAGUGUGUUACAGUAAGAGGGCCAAUCACAGAGAGAGCAGGAAGGAGAAUCACAGGCCUUUUACGUGAUGGUGAAUUCAUUCUUCAAAAAGUUACAGCUUUUUUUUUUUUUUUUUUUGUUUGGAUCAUAUCAAGAGUGCUCUUGGCUGUGACUUUGAAAGCUCCUUCAUCCAGUAUCCUCUACUGGAACCACACAGCCUUUUUCUCUCUGAAUUAAAUCAGGCCACCUUUUCCAUUGUCUUUAUUUGUAUUUUUCUCAGUGCCAAAUCCCAGAAUGCACCAGGAGACUUGAGUUGUGGGAAGGUGGGGCUUCCAGGGUGAGCAUACGCUCACAUUCCUGAGGCCUAUUGGGUGUGUCUGGGUGGGUGGGGCCUAAGGCCAUCUUUCAGCACACAGUAUUUCACACAGACUGCAUUUUUAAUAAUGCCAAUGGCAUACAAAAAUA